AUGCAGCUGCAGUUCCGGAGCUGGAUGCUAGCCGCGCUCACGCUGCUUGUGGUCUUCCUCAUCUUCGCAGACAUCUCGGAGAUCGAAGAAGAAAUCGGGAAUUCUGGAGGCAGAGGUACAAUCAGAUCAGCUGUGAACAGCUUACAUAGCAAAUCUAAUAGAGCUGAGGUUGUAAUAAAUGGCUCUUCACUGCCAGCUGUUGUUGACAGAAGUAAUGAGAGCAUUAAACACGGCAUCCAGCCGGCUUCAUCCAAAUGGAGACACAACCAGACGCUCUCUCUGAGGAUCAGGAAGCAGAUUUUAAAGUUCUUGGAUGCAGAAAAGGAUAUUUCUGUCCUUAAGGGGACCCUGAAGCCCGGAGACAUCAUUCAUUAUAUAUUUGAUCGAGACAGCACAAUGAACGUUUCCCAGAACCUCUAUGAACUCCUUCCCAGAACCUCACCCCUGAAGAAUAAGCAUUUCCAGACUUGUGCCAUCGUGGGCAACUCGGGGGUCUUGCUGAACAGCGGCUGUGGGCAGGAGAUUGACACGCACAGCUUCGUCAUAAGGUGCAACCUGGCUCCAGUUCAGGAGUAUGCCCGGGACGUGGGCCUCAAGACAGACCUAGUGACUAUGAACCCCUCAGUCAUCCAGCGGGCCUUUGAGGACCUGGUGAACGCCACGUGGCGGGAGAAGCUGCUGCAGCGGCUGCAUGGCCUCAACGGCAGCAUCCUGUGGAUACCUGCCUUUAUGGCCCGGGGUGGCAAAGAACGUGUGGAGUGGGUCAACGCUCUCAUCCUGAAGCACCACGUCAACGUCCGCACGGCCUACCCUUCCCUGCGCCUGCUGCACGCAGUCCGAGGAUACUGGCUGACCAACAAAGUUCACAUAAAAAGACCAACUACUGGCCUCUUGAUGUACACCCUGGCCACACGCUUCUGCAAUCAGAUCUACCUCUAUGGCUUCUGGCCCUUUCCACUGGAUCAGAAUCAGAACCCCGUCAAGUACCACUAUUAUGACAGCCUCAAGUACGGCUACACCUCCCAGGCCAGCCCCCACACCAUGCCCUUGGAAUUCAAGGCCCUCAAGAGCCUGCAUGAGCAGGGAGCAUUGAAACUGACGGUCGGCCAGUGUGACGGGGCUACGUAA